AUGUUGUGGCCAUUAGUAUUAGGGUUAUUCGCAGUUGCAUUAAUAUUGUUAUAUUUUUACGGAACACGGACUUUCAGCUACUGGGCGAAGCGCGGGGUCAAGCAUGAUGCUCCCGUAGCGUUCUUUGGCACCGCGAAACGACAGUUCCUGCAGGAAAUAUCCUUCGCUGACAUUUACGACGAGAUGUACCAGAAGUAUCCCAGCGAAAGAUUCGUCGGAUACUACAUUAUGACUACUCCGGUGCUAAUUCUAAGGGAUCCAGAAUUAGUUAAACGUGUUUUAGUGUCCGAUUUCAACCAUUUUACCUCCAGAAAUGUGUUCCCGAUGGACGAACAUCCUGAAUCGCUAUUGAAAAAUCUGUUUACGACUGAAGGCGAUCUCUGGAAAUUGUUGAGACAGAGGAUGACUCCCGCGUUCACGUCCGGGAAGUUGAAGGCGAUGUUUCCCCUGAUCGUGGCGAGGGCCGAGAAGCUGCAGCGAGUGGCGGCCGAGGCGUCGGCGAGCGGCGCCGAGGUCGACGUGCGGGACCUCAUGGCGCGCUACACCACCGACUUCAUCGGCGCCUGCGGCUUCGGCAUCGACACUGACACACUCAGCGAUAAAAACAACAUGUUCAGAAAGCUGGGUAAACGCAUAUUUAGACAAGAAAGAAGAGAUAUGAUUGUAGCCAUCCUUAAAUAUUCCAUGCCGAAUUUAAUGACAAGUUUUAACUUCUUUGCACCAGAGAUCGAAACACUUAUGAUGAAGUUGGUGAGAACCAUAAUGGCGGAACGGAAUUAUAAGAACUCGGGCAGGAAUGAUUUCAUCGACUCCCUUUCGGAUUUGAAAGAGAAAGGGAAAAUGAUAGGCGAAUCCCUGGUGCAUAAGAAAGCUGAUGGCACUCCUUGCAUGGCUGAGAUUGAGAUGGACGACGAUAUUAUGGUGGCCCAAGUGUUUGUGUUCUUCGCCGCCGGGUUUGAGACGUCCUCCGUAGUGACCAGCUACACGCUGCACGAGCUGGCGCACCAUCCCGAGCACCAGAGGAGGUGUCAGGAGGAAAUCGCUGCGGUUCUCGCGCGUCAUGAUAAUAAAUUAUCUUAUGACGCCGUCAAGGAAAUGAAGUUUUUGGAAAUGUGUUUUAGUGAAGCCAUGAGGAUAUUCCCCUCCAUCGGCUUUUUGCAACGCAUGUGCGUGAAACCCUACACCAUCCCGGGCACGGACAUGACCAUCGACCCCGGGGUCAACAUCAUCGUCCCGGUCAAGUCGCUGCACCUGGACCCGCAGUACUUCCAGGACCCGGAGGAGUUCCGUCCGGAACGGUUCCACCCGGACAAUGUUUCCGCCAUCAACAAGUACACAUAUCUGCCUUUCGGGACCGGACCGAGGGCUUGUAUUGGCGAGCGUCUAGGCUACAUGCAGUCGCUGGCCGGUCUGGCUGCCCUUCUGAGCCACUUCUCCGUGGCUCCCAGCAUCAGCACGCGCCGCAAGCCGAUCAUAGACCCCAAAAUCUUAGGGGUCCAGAGCGUCAAGGGAGGCCUGCCCCUAACCCUUAUCGCCACGAAAAAAACCCAGUGAAGACACUAGGGU